GUUUACAUCUCAUCACUCCGAAACUGACAAACUGUAUUCAGUUUUACAAGUGAAAACAUAAACCUCAACAAGCAAUAACAAUAAGCUAUUUCACGAUAGCUAGUCAAUUUAUAAUGAGAUGAACAUUAAUUGUUUGUUAUGACAGAAGAAAGUAUACUUCACUCGUAUUCUGCGCGAGUAAUUGAUACACUUAGUGCUACAGUACUACCUGUGAUUCCGGAUUUUGUGUGGGACAGCUGGGUUCAUCUGUAUCAUCUUUCAAAGAAAUUGUCAAAUGCUGAUAUUCAGUACCAAGUGCUUGUAGCUUUACUAACAUGGUUUAUUGUUAAUCUCAUUUUGAUUAAACUGGCAUGGGCAAUAUUUGGUGAAGAUAACAUCAAACUGCUGUCAUCUAAGGAUCAAAUAAAACAUCUUAAGAAAGAAUAAAGUCACAAAAUAGCAUUUAAAGGGCAAAAUGGCAGCCAUCAAAAAGUUUUUUGAGAAACGAAAAUUAAAUGUUAAGUUUAAGAAAGCUGGGGAAGGUCAUCGACUAGAUCAGUCAUCAUCAUCGACUGCAACAAAAGUUGUAAGCUCUACACCACCAAAAUCCAAACAAGUGACAAAAGACCCUGAAACUGAAGCAGCCAGAAGGGCAGCAGCAGAAGCAGCUUUAGCAAGAAUGGAAUUAAAACAGCAAUCAAAAAAUGCAGACAGCAUGGUUAUUCAGAGAGCAAGGAUGAAACGAGAAAUGGAAGCUGAGAGAAAGAGACUUUUAGAGGCUGAAAAGAAGGGGGCUGAAGCUAGGGCAGGUCCUGUAGAGGUUGUCCAGGACAGUGCACCAGUACUUGAGACUGUUCUCUUUAAAUGCCCAGACAUUGGACCUCAGCUACUUCCUAAGUCAGAGAUGGAGAGAGCCAUACAUAGGUUUUUGUUAGAGAACUAUGAAGAUGAGCCAGAGAUGACAUCUGCCUUGAUGAUCCACACCUUGAAUAAAAAUAAGGAAAAGGUAAAAAUCUGCAUAGAAACGCUGAUCAAAUAUAUAGAUAAUAUUAUAAAUAAUCCCACAGAAGAAAAGUAUUGGAAAAUUCGUCAGACCAAUAAGGCAUUUCAAGAGAGAGUGGCCUGUAUGAAAGGAACAGAAGAGUUUCUGCUAGCUGCAGGAUUUUCUUUAAAGUCUCUUCCAUUUGAGGAUGGCGAAGCAUCUUUUUAUGUUUUCGACUCAGAUCUGGCAAAAGAUGUAGAUCGCUUAAAAAAUAUGAAAGAUGUUUUGCUCCAAGCUGAACCCAUUAAACCAGAGCUUGAUCGAGAUUUGAAAGUAUUUCACCCGUCUCAGUCUGCCUCAACCUUUAAUGUUCCAGAGGAUUUUUACAACAUCAGCCCUGAAGAAUUUAAAAAAGAGCAGCAAAGACGCGAGGAAGCCACUGAGAAACUUGGCAUGCUUAGAACAAAGGCUAUGAGGGAACGUGAUGAGCACAGGGAGCUUCGAAAGUAUCGUUAUGUUCUGCUUCGCAUCAAGUUUCCUGAUGGUAUAUUACUCCAGGGUGUGUUCCGUGCUCAUGAAAGUAUGAAGCAAGUUUACCAGUUUGUGAAAGAAAACAUAGUCAACGACUGGAUACCUUUUAAUUUAAUAUCAGGGACAAGUACUAAACUGGAGGAUGGUGAUGCUACUUUAGCUGAACUUGGCCUUGCCCCAGCUGCAGUUGUACAUUUUUCAUGGGAUGCUGAUAUACUCAAGGAGGUGGCUCGGGAAAAAGGUCAGGCUGUGGCUAAAGAGCAUCUCAGACCAGAAAUCAUGGCCCACAUCCAAAGUUUGUGAAGACAUUUUCCCAUCCUGCAAGUCUUCUGUGCUUCUUAUUUUAAAAGAAUGUUUCUAUAUUGCUGUACAUUGUUUGCUUUUUCCCCCCUUGUACUUCCGUAUGGCAAUUACCAGAAGUGGCUAUUACAACAAAUAUGGUGUAAUGUAUGAUGGCAUUUCUUCAGAUUCAUUGUCAAAUAUUUUUAAAAUAUAUUUAAAUUAUUUCUAUAAUAUAGACCUAAUUAGAUUUCUACAAUAUUUGCAAUUAAUUGAAGAAAAGAUUAUAUAUAUGUAGAUCAGAGAAUGGUGGUCUCCUAAGAAUUUAGUUUCCUGGUCUAAGUCAAUAUUCAAAUAGAUGUUGCCUUAUUUUAAACUUUAUUUUUAGAAUAUUAUGUGAGGAAAUUAAAAGAAAUGAAAAUAUUGUUUUUCAAGUGUUUCUUUUUUUAAAUUGCUAUUCAAGAUCAGUAGUGUGGUUCCAUUUUCCCAUAUUUUAUAACAUUUUAGCUAGUGCUUUUUUUUUUAAGAUUUUCUUUUUUAAAGUUAACUGAUUUGUUUUUUAUAGUGAUAAAUAUUUUUGUAUUGGGUGCAUCAAGCUGAAAGACCUAAUUAAAGUUUUCUUCUUUAAUUUUUUACCACAUUACAAUUUAAAAAAUUAGUUUGCCACAAAAACAUUUCUUCUUUUUUUUAAUCAUUGACUUCUUUUUUCAAAGUUUCCAUUCCUAUAUUGUGGUCUUUCUGUGUAGAACUGUAUAAAGGUGUAAAAAUACUAUGGACUAUUUCAAAAAAUUCAUAUAAGUUUCAUUGCCAUUUUAAAUCUGGCGUAGAAAUCGCAUAUAAUUAAUUAUUGCACUGCUGUUCUUAUAUUUUUUGUGCAAGGUUUGCAAAAGGGAAAUUCCUUUAGCCACUUUUUCUCUUUUGUUUUAAAUAUUUAAUUAUUUAUUUUAAUUUGUUUAUCUCUUUAAAACUAAAAUUUACAGUUUACAAACCUUAAAUUUUGUGUGCAAUAAUAAAGCUAUUGAAUAAAGUCCUGAAAUGUAGGUAGUAAUUUUAAUAACAUUUGAUAUGGAGUUUUUAAAAAAAAUACAUUUAAUAGUUAUUAAAUUUGUCUGCCUGGUUUAUACUGAAUUAUAUAUAUAGAUAAAGGGUAUGAUUUUAAAAAUAAAAACUAAUGGACUGAAGUUUCAAAGAAAAUCAAUUAUUUAUUUUUAAAUUAAAUUUGUUAUGCUAGUAGUCACCUGUCAUGUAAAACUUUUUACAUUCAGAUACUUGUGACCUACAUUUUGAUCCAUUCCUUUCUUACAUGACUCAUAAUUGAUGUCAUUUGGUGUUUUUUUUUUUAAUCCAGCUCUAAUAUACUCCAGCCUGUUACAUGGAAGUCUUUGUUUUCUCUGUGUAAAAUGAGUCAAGUUGUUGUAUUAAUUAUCUUCCUGACAACUUUGAAGUAUUCUGCUUGCUUUCUUUUCAAUAUUGUAAAUCUUUUAAAUAAACAGACAAAAUAGUGUCUAUGGAAACUGUUGAAUGUUAUUUAAAUAUUUUUAAAACUUUAACCUGAAAAUUCCUUAACUCUAAUGCAGUAAUUAUGUUGAAGUUAAAUCAUAUAACUAAAUUAGGGCCGAACUGAUAGUGUUUUAUCUUUGUCUUGAUUUAAAUAAAUUUUCUUCACUAU